UUUUUUUUGGGUUAAAUCUCCCCUUUCAAGUGAGGAGACUACGAGAAAGAACUCACUAUGAGAGCGCAUGCAGUAAAGAAGGAUGCUAAAUUAAUCCCAUUUCAAUGGGAUUAUCUGAAACUGUCCCUUGUCUCAUUGGCCUUCAAAUUUUCUAUGAUUGGUUUUUCUUUACUGAAAGCAUGUGUUUCAUCAACUACUGGAAAAGAUGUCAGAUUUCCAGCAGGACUUCACUUAUGAGUUUCCUCCAAGGAGGACGUACUAUUGGAAUUGAGUACAGUUGCCAAAAAUUCACUGCACAUGGGAAGGUUGUUGCUAACAUCUUGCAGAUUCUACUUAGAAGUUAUGUGUACAGAUCAGGAUCAUGGUGCUUCCACAUCAGUUCGGUGUACAGACUUGUAUAGCAUUCAAAUCUGAAAUUACUAUGGAUUGAUAGAUUGGCUGUAGGUAACUCGGAAAAUGACAAGCAACGUCAAAUGGCUGGAUAAUUAAUUAAAUGGAAAGGUUCUACUGCAGCUAGACCCUUUUCUCAAUGAACUUACCAGCAUGUUUGAGCGCAGUACCGAGAAGGGUUCAGUGUGGGUUACUCUAAAACGAUCGUCACUGAAGUCCAAGGUGCAGAGAAAUAAAAUGACCACUGCUGGUCAACCUAUCGAGUACAGGUGCCUCAUCCGUGCAACUGAUGGGAAGAAGACAAUUUCAACUUCAGUUGGAGCUAAAGACCACCUGAGAUUUCAAGCUUCCUAUUCAACCAUUCUUAAAGCCCACAUGACUGCUCUUAAAAAGAGAGAGAGGAAGGACAGGAAGAAGGCACCAGAGGCAGAGAAGGAUUCGAAGAAGAAACCAAGGAAAGUAUGAGGGGAGGUUCUCUUGCUUUUGUAGGUUUCUCAAACUAGGGUAACUUUCUUUUCUUGGUUACGCUUUUGAUUUCAAAAUGACUUCUAUCCUUUGACCUGAGUGUUAUGCUUCCCCCUUAUUUCUAGGAAAAUGCAGAGGAAAGAAGGGGGGGAGGUAGAAUUUUUGGAAUUUCAGGAAUUGAAAAACACUUGAUUCUGUCAUUUGUUUAGCCAUUUUUUUUUCUUAGAAAAUAUUUGAAAUAUACAUGUGCUUUUGCUGUGGAA